AUGUCAGGAGUAACCGAACCAAAUCCACAAAUUAUAAUUCAAAAGGAGGGAAGUUCUCUUUCCCAAUUCCAGUGUCCUAUUUUGAAACCAACAAGCUAUACAGUUUGGGCAAUUUGCAUCAAAACGAUUUUGGAAGCGAGUGGACUUUGGGAAACGAUUGAACCGGCAGAGAAUACACAGUCAGAUGUUAAGAAAGAUAAGUUGGUAAUUGCUUAUCUAUUCCAAGCAAUACCGGAAGAUGUCAUGUUGCAAGUUGCAAAUUGUAAGACUGCAAAAGAAAUUUGGGAAAUUUUGAAAACAAGACAUGUUGGUGUUGAUCGGGUACAAAAGGCUCGUUGGAAUACACUAAUGUCAGAAUUCGAAUUAAUGCAAAUGAAAGAAGAUGACACUGUGGACUCUUUCUUCGCAAAGAUAAACAGUGUUGUUACACGGGCAAGUGAAUUAGGGACAACACUGAGUCAACCGACUUUGGUACGCAAACUCCUAAAUGUUGUGCCAGAUAAGUUCACUCAGAUUGUCGCCUACAUGGAACAAUACUCCGAUCUAGAAACAAUGUCGCUAGAAGAAGCAGUCGGAAGGUUAAAGACUUAUGAAGAAAGGCUAAGGUUAAAGAAAUGA